AUGUCACGCUCAAUGUUUUUAACUCCAUCAAAACUUUGUUUAACAAAAUUUGCAACAAAUAAUCAGAAUAAAAAUUCUGAAAAUAAAGAGAGUAGCGAGAAAAUGGAUGCGGUUGAAGAAGCAAUACGCAGUUUAGAACAAUUUGAUCCAAAUGAAUUUGUUCAUUAUCAAUAUCAACAAGAUGCUGAAAAUAAUAAAAAUAAUAAUUUUACUCAAAACCAACAGCAACAACAAAUAAUAGCAAUUCAGUCAACUACACCACAACCUAAAUUAUUUAUCGCUAAAACAGAACAACCUAUUUAUUUAAGUCAGCCAUAUUGUUGUUCUGUUACGGCGUCUCCAAUUGUUUUUGAGCAACCCAGCCAUCUAUCUUCUCUUUCUUCCCUUCCUUCUGCCAUUGAAGAUCAACAAUUUAAUAAUAAUAAAAAACCUCUACCCCCUUCACUCCCAUCAAUAUUGCAUAGAGGUACCUCUACAAAUACAGCAUUUUCUUCAUCUUCUGGAUCUGCAACACCAACACAAACUGCUACUACUUUUGUUUUGGAUGAACCAUCGUCGUCCUCGUUUAAUUUUUCAAUGGAUGAUAAUCAAAAUAAUAAUCAGUUUUGUAUGAAUAAUCUACCUACAAAUACUACAAACACUCCUAGAGCUAAUUCUCCAACUGUUGAAGAAAAUGAUGAGGCAAAGGAGGAACAAAAUAAAGUUAUUUCUGAAGCACCACCCAGAAGAGGUGUCACAUUCAAUGAUAAUCUUGUACAGCAUUUUUAUGCUCCAUUUGAUGGUCCUCCUCCUGACUACAGUGAAAGUGGAGGUGAUAGUAAUGAUGAUUUGGAUGAUGAUAUUUACAAUGCUGAAGAGCUACCAGACGAUGAAAUUGAUGCUUUAGAUAGCGUGACAGAUAGCGAAGAAUUCUAUAUAAAUAAUAAAAUUGUGCCAAAUUCAUCAUCUUCUUCUGCUGCUUUAGAGGCAAAAGCACAACUUCGUAAAAGAUUUCUUUGUUCUCAAUUAAAUGAUUGUGCAAAAGUAAUUGAAAUUGGUGCUUUAAAAAUGGGACAAUUUGUGAAUGUUAGCUUAGAAAUUGGUGGAUGGAGGCAACCACAUAUUCUUCGUCAUAAUUUGGGUGCUAUACGUGACACAAUUUACACUGUUGAAAUUGCUCUUGACGAGUUAGUUGAAACAUUGGGACGAAUUUCUCUACAUAGGAGAGAUCCUCGACAAGAACAUUUAAGGCUAUUGUUCCAACCUUGUGAAUAUUCUUUAACUUUGUUGAGACGAUUGCGUUCUUCUCUUGAUUCUACUGGUUGGCUACUUUCAACAUUGGCACGCCCUCGGGGUAAUAUUGUUGGACAUGAUGCUCUCGAUCAGGUUGUGGCUCUUCUUCCUCAACUUCCCAGAGACUGUGCCAAACUUGUUCAAUGGGUUUCCUCUCUCUCUGCUUGGUCAGAUCCGCAACGUCCAGGGCAACUUCCAGCAGUUGUUUUCCUACCUUCUUCAAAUACUUCUAAACCUCAAAGGCAGCAAAAUAGUAAUGACGGCUUAUUUCCCCUUCCGCAUUUUCCACUUUAUCGUCAACCUUCUCCAACCUCUUCACUUCAAAAUUUUUAUUAUUCAUCAUCUGGCGGGGAGGAAGAGAUGAGAGAGAAGAAUUCAAAAGGAUUGGCUGAUAUAAUGGAUGGAGGUGAAUCAACAUCUUCUACAACAAGCUCAGUGCAAACAACACUUGAACAAACAACUCCACAAAAACAAUUAAAACAACAGCAACAACCAGAACAAAUAUCGAAUGAGAGAGAUAAUAAUAUUGAAAAUACUGAUUUGGUACUAGAAGAAGAUGAUUUGGCUAGUGUAUUAAGUGUUGAUUCCAAUACAACAACCGAAGGUGGACAACAACAUCAAUUAUCGCCACCAAAUCGACAUUUAUAUAAUACUGGAGUAUUAUCCUCAAAACUUGAAUAUGGGAACCACAAGUAG